CUUUUCUUUUUCACCUAUAAGUGAAAGACAACAAAUAAUAAUCCUAAUAAUAUUGUUAAUUAUUAAGGAUGUCAAGCCCUUUAUCUCUUCUUCUACAAUGGCCUUCCUUCUUCUUAAUACUCUGUCAAAUCUUUUAUGCAUCUCAAGCUGAUCUGGGAACAGCAAGCCAAUAUAGCCCACCAUACACACCGAGUGCAUGUUUUGGGAGUGAUUCAACACAAUUUCCAUCAAGCAACUUCUUUGCAGCAGCUAGUGAAGGGAUUUGGGAUGAUGGAGCUGCCUGUGGAAGACAAUAUUUGAUAAGUUGCAUUAGCUCUGUUUUGCCUAAAGCUUGUAAACCAGGAGAAACUAUACAGAUCAAAAUCGUUGACCGCGCACAAAAUCUAACUUCAACACCAACAAGACAAGGAACCACUAUGGUCCUUUCUACUGCUGCUCUUGCUGCAAUUGCUGAUUCAAAUGCCCUUUCUCUUAAUAUCGAUUUCCGACAGGUCUAGAAGGAAAAAAAAACUAGUAUUUUCUUGACGCACCGUUUAGAUAAUAUUUGGUUGAAGUUGAAAAAAAGCAAACAAACAAGUGUUUGAAGUUGAAAAGGAGCACUUGGAAGGAAAAAAAUUGUAUUUAGACGUUAAUUUUACUUGGAUUUUUUUAUUCGAAAUUUUGGAAGUAAAUCACCAUUUCACUUGAAAUGGCCCUUAAUUUUUAAAAUUAGAAUUGAGAAGCAAAAAUACAAAAAACGAUCGUUUGAUUUGUAAAUAGUAUUUCAUUAUUUGCAAAUAAUUAGUGUAUAUGUACCAAAGGCAA